AUGGUUAACCUUACGACCCAGAAGCGGCUGGCGUCGUCCGUGCUGGGCUGCGGCCAGCGCAAGAUCUGGCUCGACCCCAACGAGGUGUCCGAGAUCUCCAACGCCAACUCCCGUCAGACGAUCCGCAAGCUCGUCUCCGAUGGCCUCAUCAUCAAGAAGCCCGUCACCAUGCACUCGCGCUCGCGCGCGCGGGAGCUGAACCUCGCCCGCCGGAUCGGCCGUCACCGCGGCUUCGGUAAGCGCAAGGGUACCGCCGAUGCCCGUAUGCCCGAGCAGGUUUUGUGGAUGCGCCGCCAGCGGGUCCUCCGCCGUCUGCUCGUCAAGUACCGUGCCAGCGGCAAGAUCGACAAGCACCUCUACCACGAGCUCUACCACCUCGCCAAGGGUAACACCUUCAAGCACAAGCGGGCGCUCGUUGAGCACAUUCACCGUGCCAAGGCGGAGAAGGCGCGUGAGAACCAGAUCAAGGAGGAGAUGGACGCCAAGCGCGCGCGCACCAAGGCGGCCCGCGAGCGCAAGCUGGAGAGGCAGGCGGCGAAGCGGAACGCGUUGAUGGGCGAGGCCGAGGAGGAAUCCAAGUAG